GGUCACGGGUGCAGAGAAAUACAGCUAUGAUGCUGUAGUUGUCACUUCGUGUGUGUGUGCUCGGCGCUUUGCUAUGGUAUGACACGAUCAUAGCCUCAGGCAUGGGGUUUCUUUGGGCCGAUUUCAUUGCGGGCCUGGUUGGAGGUGGGUCAGGUAUAAUUGUAGGACACCCAUUGGACACCAUCAAGGUGAGAUUGCAAGCACAGAGUGUCGCUACGAUUAAGUACAAUGGCGUUUUAGACUGUAUUGUUAAAACUUUCAAGCGUGAAAGUAUUUUUGGUUUUUAUAAAGGGAUGGCAUUUCCCUUGGCAACCAUCUCAGUACAAAAUGCUCUUGUCUUUGGUGUCUAUGGCAACACUCUUCACCAACUUUCCAAGUGGCGUUAUGGUGAUCCAAACAAAGCUUCCAGUAAUAGCGACAUAUUGAUAGCUGGAUGUGUUGGUGGCUUUGUUCAGUUGUCCCUGGCUUGUCCAGUUGACUUGGUGAAAAUCAGACUUCAAAUGCAAAUGGAAAAAAGAGAAUCACUGCUUGAUAAGAAGAAGAUUCACUACAAGGGACCAGUAGAUUGUCUCCGCAGUAUUUGUAAAAGUGAGGGAAUCCCUGGAUGCUAUCGAGGACUUACGAUCAUGCUAAUGAGAGAUGUUCCAGCCAAUGGAAUAUACUUUCUGUCAUAUGAAGUACUCUGUCGUAAGCUGACUUCGAAAAGCGGUAAAUCUCCGAGUCCAUUUGUUGUACUGCUAGCAGGAGGAUUGGCCGGCGCUUUAUCCUGGGCUGCUAUUAACCCAUUGGACGUCAUAAAGAGCAGAUUGCAAGCUGAUGGGGUCAAAGGUCAUAAAUAUAAUAGCAUCUAUCACUGUGUCGUUGAUAGCUACAGGACAUCUGGGUUGAGGGUGUUUUGGACAGGACUCACUAUUAACUGUCUGCGUGGAUUUCCAGUGAAUGCUGUCACCUUUCUCGUUUAUUCACUGAUACUGAGAGAAUUGGGAGGACAGAGUAGAGCAAGUGACACAUUGUUGUCUGAAUAA